AAUAAUAAAUAAAUAUUAAGCGCUUACCUAACAAGGCCUAGGUUGAGGAUACCCCAAGAAGUAUUGGGCCAAGCCUUUUCCUUAGCCUUCAUCAACAGAACCCUAGAAGCAACCCAUCCACCCCGAGACAUCCUCUUGUCCAUGGGCUAUCCCACUCCAGCAGAAGGGUCAGCUCGAUCUCACCCCUUCCUUGGGACAGAAGGAGCUGACCCAAAACUAAAUAUGGUGUUGAAUGAAUUCGAAAUCGGAGUACUUGAACAAGAGAUCAUCGUGGAUGAUCGGCCGUUUCGGAAGGACACAGAAAAGGUAAAUCAGACGCUCUGUGUCCUCGCUAACGUGUCGGCGAACCACAUCGCGCCCUGUGUUUGGAUCGAAUAUGGCAAGAUUGACGUAGGAGUGGGAAAAGUUGCUGUGCCUGUGUCAGCAUUUUCCGGCUCCUACCGAACCCAGGAUGGCCACCUUAACAGGCAAGUUCUUGUCCACGGCCUCGAGCUCGCCACGGAGGAAAGGAUGUAUCGAUGCCAAGAGUGUUUGAAGGUAUUGGGAUGGCAUGGAUGGGAUGGAGAAGGGCGUUGUAAUGAUCGCUUGGAGCAGCUAACAGAGCAAUGGAACGUGGCAAGGCAGAAACGGCAAGUGGAAGAAAAGAAGAUGUUAAGGGUAUAAUAGUAAUUUUACAGCGUCAUUGAGUUUGGUGCAUUUCCAUCGUAAAAAGGUUAAGCCAACUGUAGUCCUCAUACUUUGUGAAAAUGUUCAUUAGCGUCCCUAUACUAAGGAAAUGUUCAAUAUCAUCCCUCAACUUUCUUUACAGUAUAAAUGUCAUCCCUUUAC